AUGAGUGGUGUUGUACCACGCAGAAGGUUACGAACAAAGACCGGCUGCCUCACCUGCAGAAGCAGAAGGAAGAAAUGCGACGAGAAUACACCUGCAUGCGACAGGUGCUUGCUUUCGGGACGCUCAUGCCAAUGGCCUAAAUCAACUGAUCUUGUGGAUCGCCGUUAUGCCUCACACCCGGAAUCACGAUAUGGUAACACUAUCGAGACUAGGCUAUCCCUAAGAUCGGAAAGUGCAAGCCAGGGUCAAGCCACCUACGGUCUGGAGGUUGCUAUCUCGCGGCAUUUCAUCGAUAAGUACUACGGCUUCUUGCUUUUACCUGGUUGUCAUCCAGUUUUUCAUCUUGGCUGGAUCCAUGAGAUACAAGAACUUAUGAUAAACGAGAAAAGCCUGCGCUUUUCAGUACUUGCCAACGCCGCCUCGCAUAUACACAACAUCAAUGACUCCUCCAGCAUGCAACAACUUGCGCUGCAUUACUACUCUGAAGCUCUCCGAGGCCUAGCAAGCACUUUAGCACGACCGAAAUCCUCACGCCUAGCUAACCACAACGGAAUUUUGAUGUCAGUCAUGCUGCUAUACCUUCAUGGUUGUAUGGGCCAAGCUACAUACCUGGAUAUCCCUCCCCACCUCAACGCGGCAAUACACAUCCUAACCCUCCGCCUUUUUAACGCUCCACUGAAUAUCAGUCGGCCAUUUGACCGUCUAGCCGUUGAAAGCGUACUAUACCAGAUCUUCUUAGUCAGCACCGGGCUCUGGUCAGAUCAAACGCCGUUGGCCGACUUUGAUCACAAUUUUUGGAUGAGAGCGGAGAAGUUACUGGAGCAGUCGGUGAUGUUUGCUGGUCAGUCAAACAGCAUCAAUAGCCCUGUCCUAGGGGUUCCAGUGCCGUUGUUCAGACUCGCUAUUCAAGCAAAGCACAUAUACCAGGUGUCGCCAGCGUACAAUAUGCAAGCACUAAGUGAACUCAGAAGUGAGGUAGAAGCCUGGGAAGCUAUCGUGCUUUGCGACAAAGAGAUCGAUCGAUUGGGAGUUGAUGAACUCCCCAAUCGUCAUAAAAGCUAUUAUGAGGACGCCAGCUACCUAUACGUGCUCAUUAUCUCCCUUCUUUUGGAGCAGAUCUCGGCUUGUUCCAGAAUGAAUGCAUCGGAAACUCAUCAACAAGAUUUACUCGGACGAAAACCACCAGCUGCCGCAGCUAUUGACAAUUGGCAAAUAAAAAAGGCAAUUCAGAUCAUCAAAAGGUACCAGGAUGACAAUGACUGGGCAGGUUGCUAUAUGGGGAGCUGGCCUGUCUAUACUCUGGGCUUUUUCCUCAUCGAUCCGGAGCAUAUCGAAGUAAUCCGGCAGGACUUGAAGCGGAGAUGGGAGUCGACUAAAUUUAUGCAGAUAACUCGCUUUCGAAAUGAUUUAGAGGGUGUCUGGGCCGCGCGGGCUCGGCUUUUAUGUCCUCCCACGGUGGACCAUGCGUCUAUGUCGCUUGAGUCUAUGUGA